AAAAGAAGCAUCCAUCCACAUGUCUGUGUUGAAUAAAACCAGACGUGUAGAUAAAAGAUUAGGAGGUGUAGGUCACCUCUCACAUCUAUCCUUCUCCGCUGAAUCAAUCCAUAUAAGUAAACACAGCAAGGAUCCAACCCCCAUCAUGCAUGAAUCAUUUAAUUCAAACCCACACGCACACACACUCUUUUUUUAGCCUCUCCUGUGUAUAAAAAUACCCACUGUUUUCCCAUUUUCUUGUCUGGGAGGAACAGAAAUUGCAGUGGGGAGUUGUUAAUUUUCUCCCUGUUUCUUGAUUACUCUUCUCCUGUUCUUCUUGUUGGUGUACAACUCCUUACCUACUCGUUACCAGCUGCAUAUAUAGUAAUAAUAGCUAUACGUUUGUGAGGGAUUUCUGCCAUGUCGAGAGUAGUAGCAGACCAUACGUCAUCCCCGUCGCCAGUUCGGGAUAGCGUUCCCUUUUACGACCGGAGAGAAGUGGCGGCGGAGAUGUCACGGGCUGACGCGUGCAUUUCUCCGACCCUUGGCCAGCUCCUGAAACGCGUUGGAGAUGUGCGGAAGGAAGUCACUGGAGACGAGACUCCGGUGCACCAAGUGCUGGACGUGAGCGAUACCAGCAGCGUUGAGCCCCGUUCCCUCCCUUUUGUUCUCUCCUUCACCCAUAUCACUUACAGUGUUAAAGUUCGCCGCAAAGUUAGUCUCACCAACUUCUUCCGACGACAGCCGGCCGCGGAUCCGGAUUCUGGUGAAACUCUUUUCUCGGCAACAAAAACAAUUCUCAAUGACAUCUCAGGCGAGGCGCGGGACGGUGAGAUCAUGGCGGUUAUGGGUGCGUCUGGCUCUGGGAAAUCCACUCUGAUUGACGCUCUGGCCAAUCGUAUGGCGAAAGGAAGCUUAAAGGGCUCCAUCAGUCUCAACGGCGAGCAGUUGGAAUCGAGGUUACUUAAGGUGAUUUCCGCAUAUGUGAUGCAAGACGAUCUGUUAUUCCCCAUGCUCACUGUGGAAGAAACCUUGAUGUUUGCGGCGGAGUUUAGGCUGCCGAGAACCCUCUCCAAGUCCAAGAAGAAACUCCGAGUUCAAGCCCUGAUCGAUCAACUUGGGCUACGUAACGCCGCCAAGACCGUGAUUGGUGAUGAGGGACAUCGCGGUGUCUCCGGCGGCGAGCGUCGGCGCGUUUCAAUCGGAAUCGACAUAAUUCACGAUCCAAUCCUCUUGUUUCUGGAUGAACCCACCUCGGGCCUGGAUUCCACCAGCGCUUUCAUGGUGGUGAAGGUACUGCAGAGAAUCGCGCAGAGCGGAAGUAUUGUUAUCAUGUCCAUCCACCAGCCGAGUUAUCGGAUUCUUGGAUUGUUGGAUCGGAUGAUUUUCCUAUCGCGUGGGCAUACAGUUUAUAGUGGCCCUCCUUCAAAUUUGCCAGUGUUUUUCUCCGACUUCGGGCACCCGAUUCCAGAUAACGAGAAUCGGACUGAGUUUGCUCUCGAUCUGAUUCGGGAACUGGAGGGCUCACCCGGUGGAACUAAAAGCCUGGUAGAAUUCAACAAGUCUUGGCAGGCGUUAAAGAGAGGCAAUCAAAUGAAUUCUGAAUCCCCAGCAAAUAUUCUAAAUUUGUCACUGAAAGAGGCAAUAAGUGCCAGCAUUUCAAAAGGAAAGCUAGUUUCUGGUGCUACUGCUACAAAUGGUGCCAACAGCCCUACAUCAAUGGUUCCCACAUUUGCAAAUCCUUCAUGGAUUGAAAUGGCCGUACUGUCAAAAAGAUCAUUCACCAAUUCCCGGCGUAUGCCAGAGCUUUUCGGGGUCCGCCUGGGUGCAGUCAUGGUGACCGGGUUUAUCUUAGCUACCAUGUUCUGGAGGCUCGAUAACUCGCCCAAAGGGAUUCAGGAAAGGCUCGGAUUCUUUGCAUUUGCCAUGUCCACAACAUUCUACACUUGCGCUGAUGCCUUGCCGGUUUUCCUCCAAGAAAGGUACAUUUUCAUGAGGGAAACUGCUUAUAAUGCUUACAGAAGAUCGUCUUAUGUUCUGUCACAUUCAUUAGUGUCACUUCCAUCCCUCUUAUUCCUAUCACUUGCAUUCGCUGCCACCACCUUCUGGGCAGUGGGCCUCGACGGUAGCUUCUUCUUUUACUUCUUAAUCAUCUUCGCUUCUUUCUGGGCGGGGAGUUCUUUCGUGACAUUCCUCUCAGGAGUUGUGCCUCACGUCAUGCUCGGAUACACCAUCGUGGUAGCUAUUCUGGCCUACUUCUUGCUCUUCAGCGGCUUCUUCAUCAACCGAGACCGCAUCCCGCCUUACUGGAUUUGGUUCCACUACAUAUCCCUCGUAAAGUAUCCAUACGAGGCUGUGCUGCAGAACGAGUUCGAGGAUCCGGUGAAGUGCUUCGUGCGCGGGGUUCAAAUUUUCGACAACACCCCAUUGGGUGCAGUUCCAAAUGCAUUGAAGGUUAAACUUCUGGACAGCCUGAGCAAUUCCUUGGGUAUGAAGAUCACCAGCACAACUUGCGUGACCACAGGAGCGGAUAUACUGCAGCAGCAAGGGAUCACUGAUCUCAGCAAGUGGAGUUGCUUGUGGGUGACUGUUGCGUGGGGCUUUUUCUUCAGAAUUCUCUUCUACUUGUCCCUGCUGGUGGGCAGCAAGAACAAGAGGAGGUAACCGGCGGAGUUGAUCAAUCGGGCUGGAAACCAACACCUCUUUUGGCUCUUGUCUUCUUAACAAUCUUACCAUUUUGUAUCUCCCUUUCCUUUGCUCUUUGCUAUUAUUCUUUCCUUCCUUCUGGGUUUUUUUUUUUUUUUUCUAAGCUUUUCCUAAGAUGUUUUUUCAACAUUAAUGCUGAAUGCCAGUGGGAUUUUGACUAGCAAGCCGAUCUCGUGUAAAGUAUCUUGGUUGGUUGUAAUCAAGCCUAUCAAUAUCAUGAAUUGGAUAUAUUCGUCGCUAAAGUUGCUCCAAUCUGAACAAACUCCGGGAGUUAUUGGGC